AAUAAUUAAUUAAUUAAUAGUUAACUCUUACCUGGACAAUUAACCAGUCUAGUUAAGUUAGUAAUUUGAACUUAAUGCAUAAUGUGAAAUCUUUACUAUGCAGUUGGGUGGCCAUCAAUCAACUAAAUUUAUAAAAGACAAUUAAUUAUAAUAUGGAAUUAAUGUGUCUCUUCUGCUCUGCGCCUAUCCCCGCAUUGUUACAUGAACCCUCACCAACCCAGACGGAUAAGACACAUUUCGAGCAAAUAUUCCGAUUACUCUCGACCUCUUUAUCCGUGGAAGAAGGCGUCGUGACCUGUUGGAACUUUGAAGAUGAAGGCCUCCCCUUCUGCCCCCCUUGCUACGACAAGGCCCACUCCUACUGGGCCUUGUCUCAACAAAUGGACUCCAUUCAGCUCCAAAUUACCAUGAUACUCGAAGAUUUUAAAAAUAUCGUGCGAAAUUCUGCAAAAAGAAUUAAACAGGAGGAAGGAACAAGUCUUAUCGCCCCUGUAAGGUCGACAAGAUUCGACAAUUUUAGACAGCAAGUCCUCUUCAGUACUGGACAAAACAGGGGGAUUUGUUCACGAAGGUUGGCCAAAAUUACUGGGCUAGGAGGAGGCAGUGAUUCGGCGUCAUCGUCGAGUUGGGAUGAGCUGUCGAAUGAUGAUGUCAUGGAUGGAUCACCGAAUUCUUGUUCAGAACAAUCAGAACAAGGUGAAACCGUGCUAUCACUUUUCAGUACAAAUCAUGGCGACAUAAUAUUUAACUGUGAACCUGCACCUUGUACGAAUAGUGGAAGUGACUUUGUAAAUGAAUUACUACAAGAUCCUGACGAUCUGAAGAGUGCUUACAACCCUCAGUGGACAAGAUCAAUUGAUAACAUUGAUAUGUUUGGCUACAUCCAAGUCUUCAAACCUAAUUCUUCCUUUAAUUAUUGGAAAUGUGGCGCAGACGAGUGUAACUAUAAGUUUACGAAUGAAGACAAAAAUGAUCCAAAACGAGCAAUGUCGCGACACAUUUUGAGCGAACAUUAUAAUUGGAGAAAUUGUCCGAGAGGUUGCGGUGUUACAUUUAAAUCCGAAGCAGAAACGGAAAACCACAUUUGUCAAGGAUCCAAAAAGAAAACUACAAAAACGUGCAAGAAAUGUCAAGUUAUUUUCCAAAAUCUCAGCCUGCUAAGGGUUCAUAAAUGUCAAUCAAAGGAUGUUCCCUUAUUAAGUAAUUGUGAAACAAGGGAUACUGAACAUUCAUCUUCUACAAUGGAAAGGAGACCUAAGAAUAAGAAAUUGCCCUCAACUUUUAAAUGCGAGGUUGAAAACUGUUUACAAAUAUUAUCAAGCAAAGCUGCCCUUCAAAGACAUAUAGAUCUGCAUACUAAAUCACCGGAAGAAAGGAAAUCUACAGUUUGUGAACAUUGUGGAAAAAGUUACUCGAAAUCCCAGCUAGUGCAGCAUUUACGCAUAUCUCAUGGGGUAGGGACUCCAUUGACCAAGUUUCAAUGUCCUUGGCCAAACUGCACGAAAAGUUUUCCACACUUGACCAAAUUAAACCGACAUACAAAAUCCCAUGAACCGAAGAGAAUACAAACUUGAUCUUAGGCCGUACCAGUAUUUUUAUAUCGCAACAUUGUAUACUUGUAAUGUAUGGAACUUUUUAAGAUGAAACCAACUGAUUUUAAUAUUUGUAUCUAAUAAACUAUUGUAAGUAAUUUA